CCCUGCUCAGACUAUUAGAAAUUGGGACCCUGUCAGCUGCAGCCAGCUCUCUUUUAGUGGUCACCCACUUGUGCUUCUCCCCCCACCCCCCCUGGGGUGUUCUUUCUUCCUCCCGCUCUUCCUCUAAUCAUUGUGUUUUGCUGCUGUCCCACUAUUCUCGCCUGUUGCUUGUCCUGGUGCUGCUAACUUUGUUCAGAGGAACGCUGUGUGAUGGGCUGCUGAGCCGCUUGUUGGUCGCUGCAAAGUGAGGUCUGGACAACCCAAAGACCCACAUCACUUGUAUGGAUCAACCCACAUACGGGCGCAUCUAACUGAGGAAUUAUGUUGAGGCGGGCAGCAAAAGUGAGCGUUCUUUGUCAUCACUUUUGUUAGGUUGUAACCAUCGUCUGAAGGCCCGCGCACACCGCACACAGACUGGCAUGAGGCGUCAUCUGAAGCUGGUCAUCAGACGCCUGUAACACAGACACCACAAGCAGCACACAUUUAGAGCUGAACUGUAUUAAUAGGUUUAGGUAAAGUGGUUGACAAGACAGAUCAACAUGGGGAAGCAGAACAGCAAGCUCCGACCUGAGGUGAUGCAAGACCUGCUGGAGAGCACCGACUUCACCGAGCAUGAGAUCCAGGAGUGGUACAAGGGCUUCCUGAGGGACUGCCCCAGCGGGAACCUCUCCAUGGAGGAGUUCAAAAAGAUCUACGGAAACUUCUUUCCCUACGGAGACGCUUCAAAGUUUGCUGAACACGUCUUUCGCACUUUUGAUGCCAACGGCGACGGGACAAUAGAUUUCAGGGAGUUUAUCAUUGCGCUGAGCGUGACAUCACGUGGGAAGCUGGAGCAGAAGCUGAAAUGGGCCUUCAGUAUGUACGACCUGGACGGGAAUGGCUACAUCAGUAAAGCUGAAAUGCUGGAGAUUGUACAGGCGAUAUACAAGAUGGUGUCCUCUGUGAUGAAAAUGCCUGAGGACGAGUCAACGCCUGAGAAGAGGACAGAGAAGAUCUUCAGGCAGAUGGACACCAACAGGGACGGCAAGCUCUCUCUGGAAGAGUUCAUCAAAGGAGCAAAGAGUGACCCGUCCAUUGUCCGCCUGCUGCAGUGCGACCCCAGCAGCGCCGGUCAGUUCUGAACCUGAGGCACCCACACAGUCGCGCUUCUCUGGCCGACGCUGAAGAUGUGAACCUCUCCAGCUUGGAGCAGAUUGAUGAGAAAGAAAGACCAGAUGAAGAUGAUAAAGAUGUCAGGACUUUAACGUGUGCUGAGGGCUUUUAAAAGAAGGGCACAGGAGCCGCAUUGUCCAUUUACCCCCCCCAUUCAUUACAUUUUGUUCAUACACUUUCCAAGCUCCAGUAAAGCCCCUCCCCCAUUAGGCUCGUGUAAAUAAGCAGAAUGACCUGUACUCUUUGUGGUGUACCUGGGGGCCUCCGUCACUCUACUUUGGAGGGUGUUUGAGGCACACGGUGGUGAAGAGGAGCAGAGAAGACCCGCCCUUCACUCUCAAUGCGUUCCCUCAUCCAUGCUGUGACACGGUGUUUGUGUUUCUGCAAACGUCUGGACUGUUGGAUACGCUGCGCUGGGACGGAGCAAACAUGUGUGCUGCUAUGCAUAUGUGCCCCACUCAAUGGUGUGGUUGUGUCUCCUUAUGUAAUGAAGGAAGAGGAGAGUCCCCUUUCCCCAUCAUCUGUUCCUGUGUUUUGUUUUUCAUAUCAGCAGAGGAGGUGUUUUUGUGCUCAAGCUCAGUCUGGGAAAGUAGUUUUUUGCAGCAAUCUGACGUUAGUGUAGAUAUUUGAAAGUGCACAUCCUGAAUACUCAGUACAGACCAAAUGUUGUGAAAUAAUUAUGAUGGUAUUAGAAAUAGAACAUGUUUGUAUAUUUAUGCCAGAUGUCACGCAUGCAAACCGUUUUUUUUUCCCCAGCAUUUUUGGGAACUCCUCUUCACUCCUACUUUUUGACGUUUUGAAAUGCUGCAUGUUGAUCCGGUUGCUGGCUGCAGGGGCAUGCCGGCCAACAAAACACAAUGCAUGUGACUUCUGCGCAUGUUAGUGUUUUCCAUGUAAAUGCAUCAACACCAACCAGCCGGCGGAAUGGCACACAGGCUGGCGUCGGCUUCUUGCAAACAUUCGUGACCCCGACUUUUGGUGAAUUCUUCAGACGGAUAAAGUGAAGUUACAUUUUUAGGAAGGAUCAGCUCUGAAUGUAAUCCCACAGCUAAAGCUGUUCACAUCACUGCGUCGGUUUUAGAUCAACUCUUAAAUUUGAAAAAAUAAAAAAUGCUGGUGUUUUAAUCGUUUUUGAUAUAAAAUAAAAGAUCCAGAACCAGGUAAUAUGAUUCUGUCACAGUGUGUUGCUUAUAUUGUAUAUCUUUUUAUAUACAGUCUAAAUGGAUCACCUUUUCUUAUUCAAAGAAAUGUUUCAGGUGUAAUAUUUCUGUCAAAGCACAAAUUAGCAAAUUGUGAUCAAGUGCCAAAUUAAAACAAACCAGUAUUGUGUAAAUUUACACUGCAUAAUUGUUAUCUGUUGAACAACAUGUUUGUAAUUGUUGCAUUUUGUAGCUUUUGUAAAGUAUCCUGUGUGUAGUGACUGCAGUUUUAGAACACGGGAUGCUGUUUUUUGGUCAAUAAAAAGCCAAAAUGAAGUUCUUGUGUGCAAA